AUGAUUUUAGGGCCUCAAAUGAUCGAGGAUACAGUUAAGAAGGUGAGGGAGAUUCAAGCGGCGCAAGAUCGCCAAAAGAGCUACGCGGAUUUGAAGCGUAGAGUGGAGGAAUUUGAGGUCGGUGACAAAGUAUUGUUAAAGGUGUCGCCAAUGAAAGGUGUAAUGAGAUUUGGAAAUAAAGGAAAGCUUAGUAGCCCAAAGCAUAUUGGCCCAUAUGAGUUAAGAAGGUAUAUCCCUGAUAAGUCACAUGUGCUACAACCUGAAACUAUUGAGUUAGAUCAAAGCUUAACUUAUGAGGAAAGACCUCUCAAGAUCCUCGACAGUAAAGUGUGUAGUACACGCAAUAAGGAAGUUAAGAUUGUUAAAGUGCUAUGGUCUAACCAAGAGUAUGAGGAAGCAACUUGGGAAGCUGAGCAUGAGAUGAGAAAGAAGUAUCCCGAGUUUUUUAAGGUAUGGUGA